AUGAUGGCGACGCCUUCUACCGCCGUGCCGUCCGCCUCACUAGUUGUCCAACGCGAGAAGCGAAGGCGUCGAAAAGCAAUCGUUCCAAGUGACGUAGGGCGAAGACCUCGGCGAGGCUUUAAAUUCAGUGACAAAAAGGAUAAUGGGCCCAACGAGGGUCCUGCUGAGGCGACACCUGUAGGGAAGAGGAUACCUGGGACACCUGCUAAGGACAACACGUUCGUAUUCCGCGUACGAAAAGACGAUGAGAAGGAUGUUGGCAAGCAACACACUGUUGACGCAGCUGCGGUAUCAGCAGCGUUACGAGCCAAGCAGGAGAAGGCGGCAAGGGCUGAGAUGCGGCGGUUAGUGCGCCAGAAGAAACGUGAGGAGGCGACACGAGAGGCGCUGAACGAGGAGGAGAUGAAGCACAAGAAGUUGUCGGCCGAUCAGAUCUCUCUCUAUCACAUGGUGCAGCGGCAAGUAAAGCGCGAACUCCGCAAGGUAAGGAAGGAAUUUCUUACUUCAGCGGCGCGUCGGGAUAUUAUGCAGCUCAGCGAGACCAGUUUGCAAGCAAUGAAACAAGAGCUAAUCGCCUUCAUGGUGGAGCACCCACCGGGAAACGUGGCACUCACCAUCCUUUUUAAUGUGCAGAUUCAGAUCCCUAACCCAGAAAAUGCUCGAAUGCGCGCCGCGAUCGAGACAUACGAGCAACAGAUCAAAAGCUUGGAAGAUGAAGAAAUACAGUGGCGAGCGAUGAAGGUAACGCUUGAGGCAGACAGGUCGUCCGCAUUGAACGAGGCAACAAGUGGUUCCUUGGCGACGUAUACUGCCACCACCCAGGCAGAAAAUAGGAUUGGGGAACACGACCAGCUGGAGGAGCUGUCAUGCGAGCUGAAGGUCACGCAGAGCAUCAAUGCCCUCCAGCGCUCGGCGCUACAGCAACUGGGGUCGACCACGGAGCAGCUGACGCUCCUGGAAGUAUCCAUGCUGGCCGUGAACCGGUGGAUAGUGGAAGCCGAGAUGAAGAAGGCGAAGUUCUUUGGCGCUUUCCACGACAGCGCCUUCAGGGGCUACGGCAACAUGGCACAGCCAAAAGAGAGUCUUCGCGCGCUACUUCAGCUGCCAGCACGGGGUGGCGUACCUUAG